GGUUGCAUCGGUGCCGCCAUGUUUACGCACGGCCGUAGGAAGGGACGUAAGCUCCAGAAAUAAUAAUAAUAAUGGCGUUAAUAAGAAGAAAAGGACGAGGCCGCGAGGCUCGUGGUGCGAUAUAGCUGGGAGUUGUGUUCGCUACGAGGCUCGCUUGCAGUUUUAUAUUGAAAGGAGCGGGGAAGACACUGAAUGAGUUGCGAGCUGGCGCCUCGUUCGCCAUGAGCCGACCUUCGUCAGCCGGCGGCGGGAAAACUGGGAAACACACGGCGACGGCCGUGGCUGCAGCGGGAGGUGGAGGAGGAGGCGGCGGCGGUGGCAGCGGCAGCGGUGCUGGUGGCGGCGGAGGAGGAGCCGGUGGCGGCGCUGGCGGCGGAGGAGGCAACUCGGCAAUCGCGGCAGCGGCGGCAGCAGCAGCGGCGGCGGCGGCGGCGGCAGCAGCGACUGCCGCCGGAGGAUCCACCCCACCUCAGCCCGAGCUCACUUCCCUGUUUGAGUGUCCAGUCUGCUUCGAUUAUGUUCUGCCACCCAUCCUGCAGUGCCAGGCCGGGCACUUGGUGUGUAACCAGUGCCGGCAAAAACUUUCUUGCUGCCCAACCUGUAGGGGCCCGCUCACCCCCAGCAUUAGAAACCUGGCUAUGGAGAAAGUGGCUUCCACCAUUCCUUUCCCAUGCAAGUACGCCUCAGCUGGAUGUCUCUUGUCAUUGCACCAUACAGAAAAGCCAGAACAUGAAGAGGUGUGUGAAUUUCGCCCGUACACGUGCCCGUGUCCAGGAGCCUCCUGCAAGUGGCAAGGAUCAUUGGAGGCAGUCAUGCCUCAUCUCAUGCAUGCGCAUAAAAGCAUUACAACGCUUCAAGGCGAGGACAUUGUGUUUUUGGCAACCGACAUCAAUCUUCCUGGUGCCGUGGAUUGGGUUAUGAUGCAGUCCUGCUUUGGCCACCACUUCAUGCUGGUGUUAGAGAAACAAGAGAAGUAUGAAGGCCAUCAACAGUUUUUUGCUAUUGUCCUUUUGAUAGGCACACGUAAGCAAGCUGAAAACUUUGCCUACAGACUAGAAUUGAAUGGAAACCGUAGACGGCUCACGUGGGAGGCUACUCCAAGGUCUAUCCACGAUGGGGUUGCAGCGGCGAUCAUGAACAGUGAUUGUUUAGUUUUUGAUACCUCCAUCGCUCAUCUGUUUGCAGAUCAUGGGAACCUGGGUAUUAACGUUACUAUCUCAAUGUGCUGAAUUGCAUUGUUAUAAUACAGCUGUUCACAUGCAACCAAUAGAAUGUUUUUUAUUGAGGAUGCAGUAGGCAAAAGAAUGCAGUUCUACAUACUUCUAAGCACCUUGCUCGUGUAAUUGGUGCUAGCCCAUUUGACUGCUCCAUGCGUGCAUGUUGUGGAAUGUAAUGCUCAGCACGUUCAAGGCCUGACUAAAAGAAGGUGGAAACAAAACCAAGUUGAUGCAGCUGUUUUAUAAAAUGGUCCUUUCAAAAACAGAUGUCUUUUCCUGCUUUGUGUUUCUUUAAAUUUACUUGAGGCAAGUUAUUCAAGAUGUAUUUAUAUUACGGGUCCAGUGUAUAGAACUACAUUAUAUGCCACAUCAGUACUUAAAUGCAAAGCCAGUAGAUGCUUGUGCCUAUCCUAAAUAUGCUUCAGGACAACAGUAUCUUAAUAGAUAUUUAUGAAAAUCGGUAAUGUUGAAUUAUCAUGGAAUGAGUUUAUUCUGUGUUCAUUGCAACAAAAUCCGUUUGACAUGGCAAUUUUUUUUGAAUGAAAGGGCAAGAACAAAAUUGUGAAGAGCAGCAAUGAGGUUUUUUUACACUUAUUGAUAAAUCAAGCUUCAGCAUUAUUCAAUGCUGUUUUAUUUACAAAAAAACUUUAAUUUCUGUUGUAUCAACUUGUAUCAGAUUAGGUUUGAAUCAAAUUAUUUUUUUAUUAAAUUGCCUAUUAAAGUAUGAAAACAGUGACUGCAGUUUCACAUUUUGAAUAAUAUGUUCAUCGUUUGUAGCUUAAACAGAAGCUGGUGGAGCCCAUAACAUGUAGGCAUAUUGCCCAGCUUCAUAGCUGAAUUACAUAAGUCACAUUUGCUUUGCUGAUUAAUUUUUAAAUAAGAUUGAAAUGCUAAAAAAAUUGUGUAGGACCAGCUAGUAUUCAUUAAUGAAUUAGCUGUUAGCUUUAAGUUUUCUGACUUCUGAACUACGAGGGGUGAUUGAUAAGUUCAUGGCCUAAGGUAGAAGGAGUCAAUUUUAGAAAACCUAGCACAUCUUUUUUUCAGCAUAGUCCCCUCCUACAUUUACAAACCUAGUCCAGCGGUCG